AUGUUUGCCAACAAUUCCACUACAACCACCACCACAACAUCAGCAAUAACAACAAACUCUUCUGUUGGUGGUGGAGGUGGUAGUACUGCUUCUAAUGUUGCUGUUCAUGGAGGAGGAGGUACUAGUGGUUAUUCUUCUCAGCAGCAGCAAGAGGGAGGUAACAACAAUAACAAUAAUAAUACAUCAUCGAUGAAUAAUAGAAGUAGCAAUGCAUCACUUGGAAUGAUUUCGAGUACGACCUCAUAUUUUGAUCUGGAUUCGAAUGUGGAAAAGACAAUUCCUACAAAGACGAUGGCACCCUAUGUGUUGCAGGGAAAGGAGUUGGCAGAGGCUGGAGUUGAAGAUACGAAUUGUUUGAUAAGUGUUCCAUUCUCAAUUCCGUAUAUGGAGGUUUUUAUUGAUAAGUGUCAAGAUUUACCAACAAAAUUGAACAGUAGUGGAUUAUGUGAUCCGUACAUUGUACUCUCAGUGAUUCAAUUGGGAGAUUCCGAGUUGAGAGACUUUUCUCAACUUCCAACGAAUGAAGAGUUUUGCAAAUCUUCCAAAAUCAAAAAAAACAAUAAUCCAACAUGGAACGGUAAAGAAAGAUUUCUAAUGGCUGUUCCUCCUCAAGUAUUUUCCACAACUUCUUCAAGUUUAGGGGCAAUGACCAUGUCAGGAGCAUCCAUUCAAACCUCUUCAAGUCAAUCGUUUACUAUUGGAUCUAAAAAGACUGGAAUUUCAUUUAAGGACAAAAAGAGCAAAUCCAAUGAUAAUAUAUCUCCUUCAAAGAGCUCAGAUAAUAUUGGUUUUAAAAAUCAAUAUUUAUUGAUUCAAGUGUACAGUUAUGAUCGUUUAAAGAAGGACAGUUUUAUUGGAUCUGCAAGAAUUGGUCCUCUCUCAAAGUUACCUUAUGGUGUCAUGUUGAGCAAGACAGUGCCACUUCACGAGUCUGGCUCUGGAGCAACUUGUAGCCUGAGAUUUAUUGCGCACAAUUUUGGAUUAUCUUGGGAAGAGUUUGAAGAAAUGGAUUCUGCUGACAAUGACUUUUUGACAUUUAAACCUGUUUGUGCUGAUCCUGUGAAAGCAGUUUUGGACAAAAUUUCAGGUUCUCGCUAUGCAGGGCAAUUUCCAAAUCCAAAGGAUGAAGUGAGAUUUGCCACCAUGCUUGCAAAUAAGAAACACAUAUUGGAAACCUAUCUUAAUAAGGAUUGGGUAGAAGUGGUCCCAACACAAAAGAGAUCUAUUCCAAAACAACGGGAUUUAUCAGACAAGGAUAAAAAGACACCAACCUCCUUCUCACCUUCUAAUGAAAUGAUUCCUUCAAAUUCAGUAACAACAUCUCCUUCUCCAACUCAUUCGAGUGUAGUUGCUGUAGAUUCACCAAGACUUUUCAAUGUCAAUCCAACACCUCCUCAACAACAUGAAAAUCAAUUGAGUACAGCCGCUGAAUCUCCAAAUAUGAAAGAAAGUCAGUCAGAGGAUUCUCUCAAUAAUCAAAAUACUAACAAUCAAAUUGAAGAUACCAACACAAACAAUUCAAGUAAUUCUUCAGACCACGAAGAAGAAGAGGACGAAGACGAGGCAGUUACUGAAGAAACAGUCUCAGACGAAGAAGAGGAUGAUGAAGAAGAGGAAGCAGAAAUGGACAGCAAGGAAAUGAAAGAGUUCAUUCAAGAGCAAGAAAAACAACUUCUCAAAGGAAAGGUUGACAUUAAAUUGAUCAUUGUAGAUCAGGAGAGAGACCAGAAAUUCAAAAGUUCUGCCAGAAAAUUACUCUCACCCAUUCUUUCCAAGUUUGGUUCAACCAAAAAUCUCUCAAGUUUUGGAAUGUUUCAUAGUUCUCUACUGAUAGGUAAUUGGAUUUUGGAAUGGAAUGAUAGUGCUCUGUGUGUACCAAGAAGAACUUUAUCUAAAGCUGCCCUAUUUUGUGCAGAUUUGGAACCAAUCACAACAUUGGAAGAUUUGAACCAAGUUGUUGACAAAAUUGCUGAUGUAAUUGUUGAGUGGAACACUACCAAAAAGUACAAACCAAUGGGAGGAAACAGAUGUGUCUAUGGUAAUUGCCAAGAUUUUGUAGAGGCUGUCCUUUCUCGGUUAGGUAUCAAAUGGCAGAUUGAAAAUCCGUACAUUAGAUACUUCUUUGAACAAUUGAAAAAGAAAGGAUCUACAGAUCUAAAACUCUUCUUUAAAAAGGAAGACGCUGACCAAGAAAAUUCCUUCGUACAAAAGUUUAAACUUCUCAGCCAAUCUGGGUCAACAGCAGGACAGGGAACCUAUUCUAUCAAAUUUGCAACUCAUGAACAAUUGGAUCAAUUUGUAUUGAGAUGUCUGAGGAUAGAUCCAAUGAUGAAAACAAACUAUCCUGAAGUGUGGGGAAUACUCAAAGGUUUUGAUAGAGCUUUCUGGCUGAGACAUUUGGCCUGGGAAGAAAUGAAAGAAAGAAAACGAAGAGAACUUGUCUCUAUUGAAAGAAAUCUGUUCAAAAUUAGUCAAUUAAGAAGGGCUAACAAAUUGACAGAAGAAGACAAGUCCAAAGAGAAUAAGCUUUUCGAAAGAGCUUCAGAAGUUCAAAAAGAAGUUGAACGAAUUGAAAAAGAAGGUAAACCAGUCAAACCAUUUAUGGGUAAACAAUUGGAUGAACGAAAGGAAUUGGUAGAAGUUGAUCUUUGUCCCUUCUCCAAUCCUCUCACAACCUAUUCCAUAAGAUUAUACAAUUAAUAUCUCCAUAAUAUUACUUCAAAACAACCCCAUUUCAAUAACAAACUGUUUCUAACAUGUUUAUUUCAA